AUGCACACCCAAACCCUCUACACCUACACGCUGGUCGCAUUCGCGAGUUCCGUUCUCGCGGCUCCGGUAGGAACCUCAGGAUCCCUGGAAUCCACAUCUACAUCUGUGGCCAAGAAUCUAGUUGCUCGAGAGCCAUUUGUGGUUUAUGGGAAAUCUUUUGAGGAGGAGAGUGGUGCGUUGUUUGGGACGCAGACGCAGACGCAGACGGAGAGAAGAGUGGAUGGAUUCGCACUCCCGAUAUCGAAAACAACGGUUAUUUCGAGAGGGAAUGAGGGUGCUUCGGGUUCACCUCCUAGUCAGUCGUCGGGAUCGAAUAAUGGGAAUGGGAAUGGGAAUAAACCACCUCCAGGGCCUCCUCCUUCGAAUGGACCGGGUAAUAGUGGGGGACCUCCUCCUGGAUCGCCACCCCCGUCGAAUGGAACGGGUAAUAGUGGCUCGAAUGGGAAUGGAAACGGGAAUGGGAAGAAACCUCCUCCUGGAUCGCCUCCUUCGAAUGGACCGGGUAAUAGUGGUUCGAAUGGAAAUGGGAAUAAACCACCACCAGGGUCUCCUCCUUCGAAUGGACCAGGUAAUAGCGGGGGACCACCUCCUGGAUCUUCUCCUGGAUCGCCACCCCCGUCGAAUGGACCGGGAAAUAGUGGUUCGAAUGGAAACGGUUCAUCGGGACCGUCGAAUGGACAGGGUAAUAAUGGUCCUAGUGGUUCGAAUGGCCCUAGCUCCGGAGGUCCCAGUGGGGGAUCGAGUGGUCCUUCGAAUGGAAAUGGUUCAUCGGGACCGUCGAAUGGAGGACCAAGUGGAGGAGCAGGCGGGAAUCAGUAUUAA